AUGUCCACGCUGAGCAUCCACUGCCUGAAGCCCUCGGCUCUGCACCCACCGUCUGGCAUCCCAGGGUCCCCAGGCUGCCAGCGGCGCCACACACUCCCCGCCAACGAGUUUCGCUGCCUCACCCCAGAGGACGCUGCCGGCGUGUUUGAGAUUGAGCGAGAGGCCUUCGUCUCUGUCUCCGGCAACUGCCCCCUGAAUCUGGGUGAGGUCCGGCACUUCCUGACCCUGUGUCCCGAGCUGUCCCUGGGCUGGUUCGUGGAGGGCCGCCUCGUGGCCUUCAUCAUCGGCUCCCUGUGGGACGAGGAGAGACUUACUCAGGAGUCGCUGACGCUGCACAGGCCCGGGGGGCGCACCGCCCACCUGCACGUGCUGGCCGUGCACCGCACCUUCCGGCGGCAGGGCAAGGGCUCCGUCCUGCUCUGGCGCUACCUGCACCACGUGGGCGGCCAGCCGGCCGUGCGCCGGGCCGUGCUCAUGUGCGAGGACGCGCUGGUGCCCUUCUACCAGAGGUUUGGCUUCCAUCCCGCGGGCCCAUGUGCCAUCGUCGUGGGCUCGCUGACCUUCACGGAGAUGCACUGCUCCCUGCGGGGCCACACCGCCCUGCGCCGGAACAGUGACCCCUGA